AUGGAAUUUAAGAAAUUCAGUGGGCAUCGAUGGGAGAUUUUUACCCAGCACCGUACGGAGACGGUGGCGAAGGUAAAGGAGUUGAGGACCUUUGCUAAUGUGAAUGGAAAAGAUGAGAAGUUGUUGGCCCGAGCCAGGUGCUUGAUGGAAAACGCCUACGCCCAGCAGAUUCAGAACAAUGCAUUGGUCAUGCUGGUAGGCAGGGCUGGUCUGGAUGUGACUAGGUACAUGGGUCUGCCGUUUGAAGGUGUUGCUGAAAUGGGAACGGUUGCGCCCUUAGGGGUGCUUAAGGCACCAGUGCAGAUGAAGAGUUGGCAUGAGCGAUUCUUGCAACCUGUGCUAAGGAUGUUGCUAGUAGGCUCACUGACAAUGAAGACGGGUGUAUUAGUAGGUCAUGAUACCAUGGUGAAGGAUGGCCUAAACUUGAUGUUGAACAGCAAAUGGAGAUCGGAUGGACUUUUUGCUACACGAGGCAAUGAGACCUUAGUUGGUAUCGAGAGCAGAGUUGCCAAGGAUGCAGGCGUUGGUCAAGCCGGAAACUGUGUUGACACCAAGACAAGGACGGCGGGUGAUGGCGUUGGCCCCAAAGCGUCGUCCGUGGAAAGCUAA